GUCUUGUGUCAUUUGUUCCUGCCAGGGGACAGGGGACACCACCACCCCCCUUUAAAUUCCUGCUAUUGUAGCGUUUGAGACCCGGGUUGGACCUGGGUGUUUAGAUGACAUCACCGAGCAGGUUGGGUUAUAAAAUGAAUGAAGCAGAAAGCAGCCCAAGUUCACUAGCUCGGCACUUCGCAGGCGGCAGGAGGGACCUCGGGGCUCCGCUCUGAACUUUGACUSCCGUCGGUGCCGUCCUCUCCCCGGGGCUGCCCUCGGCUCCCCGCUGCCCCCCCGACCCCCCUCCCGCUCGGCCCCGCAGGAUGCAGAUCUCACCCUUGCUGGCUGGUGGACUUUUACUCGCGCUGCUCUCCGUCAGGCUGGAGGCGAAGCCGGCGUCUCAGCUCCCACAGAAGGCCUCCCGCGGGGCGGCAGCGGCGGCAGCGCGGGAGGCGCGGGCUGAGGCGCGGCCGCGGGCGGGCUGGGCGCGGCUGCUGCAGGACCCGCCGGGCCGCCGGCACAAGGGCCUCCACAAGAAGGGCCUGGGCAAGGGCUGCUUCGGGCUCAAGCUGGAUCGCAUCGGCGCCAUGAGCGGCCUCGGAUGCUGAGGGACCCCUGGCGGGCUUUGAUUCCGUAGUCCGCUUUCUCCUACCAUGCGCGGCCCGGCACGGCCAUCCCCCAGGCAGCACCUAGAAGAGCAGAGACCCCCCCUGGAAUGGACAAAAGAUGUGGCUGUGUUUUUGUUUUUGGUACGAGGAGUCAUGACACCAACUGUUUUGGUUUUGUUAUUUUUUAACAAGUGCUCUCUAUCUUAUAUAUAUUAUAUAUACAAACACUCACCGAGACAAGGGACAGUGCUUUUCCAAGAGACUGAUGAAGCCAACUGUAUAACGUUGCUGUUUGUAAAUUCAUGUCAUGCAUAAAUGUAUUUAUGUUGUAAAGCUAUUUAUAUAUUGUUUAUAAAGAGAUAUUUAUAAAAAAAAUUAUUUAUGUAACUAAAUGAAAAGUCAAGCAUUGUAACAUUUUUGUCCUAAGUAGUUGAAAAACUUUAAAAAAAAAAAACAUUCCGUGUGGCAUUUUGUAACCUGUCUUUAUUUAUCAAACUCACAUACAAUUUAAAUGUUGGAUUGAUUGACUUUAACRGAGCUAAAGAAGAAACUUUCAGAUGUUUUAGAAAAGUCAGGAGUGAGAGAAAGGCCAGCUGAUAUUUUAAGUUUUGAUCCCGUGUGCAACAGUAAACUUGUGCCCAAUCCUGUGAUGCUCUGAUGGACCGAAUCCUGCAUGGCGCUGCAAGACUCUGCAGACUCCAGCUGAGCUCCCUGUGAGAGCACAGAGCCUGGGGCAGCACAUCCAUGCCCAGAUCCCAAAUGGAACCAGUGGAAAUGAGCCCACCAUGGUUAACAGCCGAGCCCUGGACCGACAGCAGUGUGACAAGGGCAGCGUCUGGCCUAGGCAUGCUUUAACCACUUCCAGUCCAAAUUUCAGCCAUAACUACAGUUCUAUCACUGGGCGCCGGAUGGAAAUGCCGUCCCUGCUGACAACAACGAAGAGCCUGCACUGGAUCUGGCCCCUGGCUGCACUGGUGGGAGCAGGGCUUUACGCCGGAGGCACUGCUAUUCCGGGAUCCAGCAGCCCACUAAGUGUCUUGUUGACAUUCCCAUUCACCAGCCCUUUGCCACUAAGCUGUAAAGCCCUYUCCUCCAGCAGAGAUUUAUUUAACUGAGCCGGGGACAAUACGUAGACAAACCAAAAUAUACUGAGAGCUGCCUGGUAAGGAUUCAUGGACACAGCUGUUGCUACAGCUUCUUUCUAUGUAAAGUGCAUGAAAUAAAUCGUUAAAAUGACUUGGAGCUCUAAAGGAA